CGAGGAAGGCAGCAGGCAGCAGGCUGCAGGCGCAGGGUAGUCCUCCAAAUUGAUCAGGUUCUCAGUUCUCACGCAAGGAAGCCAUGGAAAUUCCACAAGUUCUUCGCAUGAAUGGAGGAGAUGGAGAAGUCAGCUACUAUCAAAACUCAUCAUAUCAGAAGAAAGGGAUUUUGGCAGCCAAGCCUAUAUUAGAAGAAAGCAUAGCACAGCUAUUGCAAGCAAGCGAGCUAGAAUGUCUAACAGUGGUAGAUAUGGGGUGCUCUUCAGGGCCCAAUACACUACUGCCACUGUGGGAAAUCAUCGAAACGGUCGACUCCACUAGCAGUAGAUUGAAUCGGAAAUCACCCAUUUUGCAGGUUUUCCUAAAUGAUCUUCCAGGGAAUGAUUUCAACACCAUUUUCACGUCAUUGAUACCCAAUUUUCAUGAGAAACUUGAGAAAGAGAAGGGUAGCAAAUUUGGACCUUGUUUCAUAGCUGCAAUGCCUGGAAGUUUCUAUGGAAGGCUCUUUCCACCACAUUUCCUGCACUUUGCUCACUCUUCUUAUAGCCUGCAUUGGUUGUCUCAGGUACCUGAAGAGCUUGCAACUGAAUCCGGGAUUCAACUAAACAAAGGUACUAUUUGCCUGGACAAAACAAGCCCCCCAAGUGUCCAUAAAGCAUAUAUGGAUCAAUUCCAAAGGGAUUUCACAACAUUUUUAAGAUUACGAUCAGAGGAGAUGAUUUCAGGAGGUCAAAUGGUACUCACCUUCCUCGCACAGAGUAAUAACAAACCUUAUUGCAAAUAUGGUAUCGAAAUCUGGCAGCUGAUCGGUUUAUGCCUGAAGGAGAUGGUUGAAGAGGGCUUAGUUCAAGAAUCAGCAUUAGACUCCUGCAAUCUUCCACUGUAUGCUCCUUCUGCAGAUGAAGUAAGGUGUUUGACCGAAAGGGAAGGUUCCUUUACCAUUUCACGACUAGAUCAAUUCGAGCUAAAUUGGGACGUCGAAGAUGGUAACCAAGAAUUGGCUUGUGAUAGAUGGGAGAGAGGGAAGAUUGUAGCAGCCCGCAUGAGAGCUGUUGCAGAACCCAUGCUAGCAAGUCAUUUUGGAGAUGCCAUUAUUGACGAUUUAUUCCUUAGAUUGUCCAUAAAGAUAGCAGAUUGCCUGGAAAAAGGGAUUGGUUCGUGCAAGAAUCAAGUCAUCUCCAUGAUAAAGAAAUGAAAUUGUUUUCGAGUUAGUAAAGAUAAAAUUACUUGAAUGUCUCGUAUCAAAAUUAUAAAUGAAGAAAUAUAUGUCAUGAAAAAUAUUUACGUGCAA